ACUUUAAAUCUGAUUUUAUUUGUGUCAAUGCUAUGGAUGGCUGGGAUCUACCCAGCAGCAUGUAAAACUAACCUGGUCAGCUGCAGGCUAAUGGCUGAGCCUCAGCUGCCAGGUCUUUUUAUGAAUGGAGAUUAUGUGAUUGGAGGCAUUUUCUCUAUUCAUAGCUAUUUGAGAUAUGAACAGAACACAUACACCACGCAGCCACUGCAGCUACAGUGCUCUGGGAGUAUGGUCUUUAGGGAACUGCGCUUAUCGCGUGCCAUGGAAUUCGCCAUCCAUGAGAUCAACAACAGAACAGAUCUCCUACCAGGAAUUACAUUAGGAUACGAGAUGCACGACUCGUGCGCUGCCGUGCCGAUGGCCAUCAAAGUAGCAUUUCAGUUUGCUAACGGCAUAGAGCGAUUUUUCAAUGACUCUGAUUCCUGUUCAAAAUAUGGUGCUGCGGCUGUACCAGCUCUUGUAGGAGAGUCUGGUUCCACCCCGUCAAUCAGCAUGGCUAGAAUCCUGGGUCUAUUUGGGAUUCCUCAGGUGAGUCCUUAUGCAACAUGCGCUUGUCUGAGUGAUAAACGCCAGUAUCCUGCCUUCUUCAGGACCAUACCUAGUGACCACCACCAAGCUGCUGCCCUGGCAAAACUGGUAAAAUACUUUGGCUGGACGUGGAUUGGGGCAGUGCGCAGUGAUUCAGAUUAUGGGAAUAAUGGAAUGGCCUCGUUUCUAAAAGCUGCGCAGGAGGAGGGGAUCUGCGUGGAGUACUCGGAGGCCUACUACAGAACACAACCGCGUAGCAAACUGGAGAGAGUGGCAAACGUUAUCCGCAGAUCAACAGCUCGGGUAAUUGUAGCCUUUCUCUCAUCAGGGGAUAUGAGAAUUAUCAUGGAAGAACUGGUACGAAAUCCGCCGCCUCCCCUUCAGUGGAUAGGCAGUGAAUCUUGGAUCACAGAUCCAGAAUUUCUAAAGUUUAACAUGUGCGCUGGGGCAGUGGGGUUUUGCGUUCCCCGAGCAGUGAUUCCAGGUUUUCGUGAGUUUCUUCUAGAUUUAACUCCAGCCAAAGCUUUGAAAUCCCCCUGGUUAACGGAGUUUUGGGAGCGCACAUUCAGCUGUAGCCUAAAAGGCAAGACGAGUGCGCGGGAAUGUGAUGACAUUGAGGAUAUCAGUGCGGUGCAGAACCCGUACACAGACACGUCGCAGCUGCGCAUCAGUAACAUGGUGUAUAAAGCCACGUAUGCCAUUGCGCAUGCCAUUCACGGAGCAAUCUGUAAUGAUACACAAUGCGAUCGCACUAUUAAACUCUCACCCCUGCAGAUAUUCCACCAGCUAAAGAGGGUGAACUUCACUAAGAACGGCUUUCCGGUUUCAUUUGAUUCCAAAGGAGAUCCAGUGGCUGUCUAUGAGCUCAUAAACUGGCAGUUUAAAAAAGAUGGGGCUUUGGAUUUUAUGACAGUGGGCCUCUACGACUCAUCCAAACCCAGAGGCCAAGAGUUCAGUAUGAAUAGAGCUAUUAGCUGGAUGGGAGGACAAACUGAUGUCCCGGUGUCUGUUUGUAGCGAAAGUUGUCCCUUGGGCACCAGGAAGGCUGUACAGAAAGGAAAGCCCAUCUGCUGCUAUGAUUGUAUACCAUGUGCAGAGGGAGAGAUCAGUAACACGACAGACUCUUUGGAUUGUAUACACUGUCCUUCUGAGUUCUGGCCCAACAAAAGACGAGACAGCUGCCUUCCAAAGCCAGUUGAGUUCCUGUCCUGGGACAGCACUCUGAGCAUCAUCCUGACAGCAUUCUCUGUUGCUGGGGCCAUCAUGGCUUUGUCUGUGGCUGGUGUCUUUUACAAACACAGAACUUCUCCCAUCGUCCGAGCCAACAACUCAGAACUGAGCUUUCUGCUGCUUUUUGCACUGGCUCUGUGUUUUCUCUGCUCACUCACUUUCAUUGGUCAGCCCUCCCAGUGGUCCUGUAUGCUGCGUCACACAGCGUUUGGGAUCACCUUCGUCCUCUGCAUCUCCUGUGUUCUGGGGAAAACAAUAGUGGUGUUAAUGGCCUUCAGAGCUACACUUCCAGGCAGUAAUGUAAUGAAGUGGUUUGGGCCUCCACAGCAGAGACUCAGUGUUCUUGCUUUCACUCUUAUACAGGUCCUAAAUUGUAUUAUCUGGUUAACGUUAUCGCCCCCUUUUCCAUUUAAAAAUCUAAAUCACUACAAGGAAAGGAUAAUAUUAGAAUGUGGGUUGGGUUCAGCAGUAGGUUUCUGGGCUGUUCUGGGCUAUAUUGGAGUUUUAGCUCUUUUGUGUUUUGUUUUGGCUUUUCUGGCUCGGAAGCUGCCUGAUAACUUCAAUGAAGCCAAAUUCAUCACAUUCAGCAUGCUGAUAUUCUGUGCUGUCUGGAUCACCUUUAUCCCAGCUUAUGUCAGCUCUCCUGGAAAGUUCACUGUAGCUGUAGAGAUAUUUGCAAUUCUGGCUUCAAGCUUCGGUUUGAUUAUUUGCAUUUUUGUUCCUAAAUGUUUCAUUAUUAUUUUUAAGCCAGAACAGAAUACCAAGAAACAUCUUAUGGCUAAAUUGCCAUCUAAAGCUCUUUGAGAUACUCACACCAGAGGCUUAAUCUUGCAUUGUAAUAUAAUUCUCAUUAAAUGUGACAUUAGUAGGCUCUAAGAUGGUCAGAAACACCUUACACACAGUAAGAAUGACACCACAAGCGAGAUAUAUUUUUAACGCGCAGAAAAUUCACAAAGAUUGACGCGAUGCAAAUAAAAAUAAAAAAAAAAACUCUAGAAACGUCGCAUAUCAAAUCGCUACACAAACCAUGCGCUGUUUCUAAAAUAAACACUGAAAAGUACUGAAACGCUCGUAUGCUAACAUUCAGCAACCCGGCCUUAAACUAAAUUGUGUAAUGCCAAGAUGUUGGCUGCCAUAUGGCUGCUCUAUCAUGAGUAAAUUCUCAACAUCGCAGACAAUUUAUCUAUUUAUUUUAUAAUGUUUGUUUUUGGACACUGUCUUAAUUACAUCAGUAUCUGACAUGUAAUUGAGUAAGAGAACAUUAUUAAAGUAAUCGUUUUAUGAUUUUUUAAAAACCGUAUAAUAAACUGCAAACAUGUAAAUAAAGACUUGUAUAUAUUAAUAAUGUAAUGACGCUGAACAGUUGGUGGAACUCCCCUUUAAGAAGACAACAUAUAAAUAAACGUAAUAAAUAAAGCAAAUAAAGGAAAACUAAUGAAAAAUGUUUAUAUAUACAUGGGGAUGCAAAUUCUUUGAAUUUGCAUGUUCCAACCUAUUAAUCAAGAAAGUAGUUCAAGAAUGAGAUGUUCUUUUUUAAAUGAGGAUAUUUAACUGUACUGCAGAAGUAGAAACAGUAGGCUGACACAAUUUUUUUGUUUUAAGUGUCUUCCCUGGAAGUUCCACAUUAGCAACA